AUGGAAUCCCCUGGAUGUAGAGCUAGAGUGAGAUUUGACUUGGAUUACUUGAACGAAACAUACAUAAUAGCUGAUUUCCAUGCAAUUCAUAAUCAUGAAUUGGUUCCGCGAGAGUAUAGAUAUCUAUGCAAAACAGAUAGACAACUAAAAUAUGCAGAGCAGCUAUUUGUCUACAACGCCUCCAUCUCAAACGUUGGACCAACAAAAGCUCAUCAACUGUACAGUAACUUGAAGGGAAGCUCGUUAAAUGUAAACGGGACAGUUAAUGAUUUCAGAAACUGGAAGAGGGACCUAAAUGUGUACAUCAAUGAAAGUGACACUCAAAUUUUAGUUAACAAAAUGAUGGAAAUGAGAGAACAUAUCCCUGGUUUUGCAUUUGAGUAUAAGGUACAACAUGAUGUUUGUCCCUUCACGGGAAUAGACAACCAUAACAAAUGCGUAACCUUUGCUGCUGGGUUGAUAAGAGAUGAGAAGCAAGAAACAUACACAUGGCUUCUAAAAUGUUUCAUGGAUAACUUCAAGAUAGAGCCAACAAUGGUGGUAACAGAUCAAGACAAAGCCAUGGAGAUUGGAAUAAAAAAUAUAUUUAAGACUGCAAAGCAUAGGCUGUGCAUGUGGCACAUAACACAAAAACUGCCAACAAAGAUAAGAGAGGCAACUCUAAGUAUAGAAGAUGAAACUGAGAGAGACUUCAAGAGCAGAUCAAAGUGGAUACCAGCUUACUUCAUUGACACUCCAAUGUGUGGCCUGAUGAGAACAACAUCAAGGUCAAAAAGCGAGAAUGCUUUUUUUUCUCAUUUCACAAGAUCAGCGUCAAAUCUGGUGAGUUUCAUGAGUGGAUUUGAAUCAGCAAUGAUGAAACAAAGGUCAAAACAAGAAAAGCUAGAUGCUGAAACAAUAAAGAAGACUCCAAUAUUGAACACAAAACUCAAAAUAGAAAUGCAUGCUUCAAAACUGUACACAAAAACAAUUUUUGAGAUGAUACAGAAGGAAAUAGAAGCUGGUCUAUAUGAUUGUUUAGUUGCCCAAAUGACUGCUGAAGAAGAGUGUCAAAUUUAUAUCAUUAAUGAGAUGUUUAAGAGGAAAGUGAAAGAGACUGGACAAAAUGUGAUUCAGUAUAAGGUAUUGCAUAACCUUGGGGAUGGUUCUGUUGUGUGUACCUGUAGACACUAUCUCCGUUUAGGUCUCCUUUGCCGACAUUGUUUCAGUGUUUUGAAGAACAAUAAUAUAGAUGAAAUACAUGCACAAUACAUUAUGAGGCGGUGGACAAAAGGCAUCAUACCACCUGAUUUGAGAUCUAGCAGAAACAGAUUUGACAAUGGAAAUGUUGGUACUCAAAAGAUGGUUGCUAAAGCAAGUUCAGUUUUUGAGGACUGCUUGCAUCUUGUUUUGAACGAUGAUGAAAAACUUAAAAGAGUUUCUAGAAAGAGUCAAAUCGUUGAAGUCAGAAGUUGA